CCAAUCACAGCGCGACCUCAUUAACGUGGCCUCCGGCUUCUGCGAGAAGCUAGCUCGUUUAGCUACUUUGUUGUCACGGCAUUGAAUUUGUUUUUAUUUAUUUAUUUUUGUUGUUGCUGCGGGAUUGCAAAGAAGAAAACGAGCUUUUAUUACCACGGAUGAUGCUCGCCGAGUCGAGCGCAGUGGACUAAAGUGGACUGAAGACUCCUGGACAUCAUGUCCUCAGUCCUGCUGUGAAACUGAAACGCUCUGGGAAUCAGCAUACGUGUGCUGUUGUUUUUAAACCCUCUUCUGCUACCAUGGACACUGGAACGGAGGUGAUUCCUAUUUGGCAGAAUAAGCCACACGGUGCGACUCGGAGUGUGGUGAGAAGAAUUGGCUCCACGUUGCCUUUGAAACCCUGUCCCAGAGCCUGUUUCCAGGAGUUGCCUGGUCUGAACCCCCUGCGGCACUCAGACGGCCCCCUGGUGCCCACACUUGCUGACAUCGCCUGGAUUGCUGCUGAUGAAGAGGAGACUUAUGCUAGAGUCAGGAGUGACACACGUCCCUUCCGUCAGGAGUGGAGGCCGACGCCCCUCAUGGUCCUGCACAGGAACUCAUCAGUGCCUAAUUUCAGGCGUGAGGGAAAGCGCAUGGAGGGUCUGAGGAAGCCGGGCAUCACUGCACUGAACCGCGCCACCGCCCUGCAGGACGAGCUGAGCCGCCUCCGCUCACAAAUCGCCAAGAUUGUAGCGGGAGAGAACGAUUUGAACCCCAUCACCCCGGACCUCCUGUCUCCAGAUGACACCACCGUCGGCUUCUCCAUGGCUCCCUUCGAGAGCGCGCCAUACCACCCACUCCCCACCGCCUCCUUCGUCAUCAGCGACGUCACGGAAGUGGACGAGGAAGACGAGGAGGAUGAAGAGGAGGUCCCCGAGCUAGCCCCCGACCCCGUGCCCCCUGUCUGCAUGACGGCUUCGGCCACCUUCGACCUCGACCGGCCCACCAUGGAGUUCCGGGAGGCGGAGGAAGACACGGUGUCGCUGUCCAAGUCCACCAGCUUCGCCGACGUCAAGGAUAUCCUGAGGGACAUGAACCGCAUGAAGAUGAGCAAGGACAGAUAUUCCCGUGGCUGUACGUCACUGAGGGAAGAGGACUCUGCUUCUCUGAUCUCUGAAGCUCUGAGGAAGAAGUUCACUCUGAGAGAUGAAGACGUUCAUAUGAAGAAAUGAUCUGCCUUUUCUCCAUCGUCUCUGUACACACACAUGCUCAACACGUCUGUGCCUGUGGACCGUUUGCCAUGGAAACGCCUCAGCACCACAUGAUGCCAAGUUAAGCCCCGCCCCUUUCCCCUCCUACAGCGAUUACAGCCGCACUGGAGUAGAGCAGCUCUCUGCUAAAAACCCCUCCCUCCUGUAUAUCUCUCUCUCUCUCUCACUUUCUCAUUCUCAAUCACUCCCCCCCCAUUACAUCAUAUUUUACUUUCCUUUACAUCGCUGCCUCCUCACACAGAGAAUACUUUGUUGAUUCACAUCAUCUUCCUCACACACACCUUCGUUUACUGACACCAAAUGUGUUUAUUUUUCCCUCUUUCAUCAUUUCCUGAAACCGCAGCAAUACAUACUUGAACCAUUUUGAUGACUUUUUUUUUUUUCUAGUUGUUUUUUUUUUUUUACAUAAAUUUACAUUUAACUUUCACUAAAAAGGCACAAAUCUGAGACGCACAGCUUCCUGAAUAACUUUCAAAUCCUUCAGAAUCCGUAUUUUCCAGAUUAAUGUCAAAAAUCUGUAUUUAGACAGCAGACAAAAGGCUGUUUAAAUACGUUAUAGAAAGCGCUAUAAUGAUGUUACAUCUAAUAUGUUAUAAAAAGCUCUAUAUGUUACGUCUAAUACGUUAUAAAAAGCUCUAUAAUAUGUUAUCUAAUGUGUUAUAAAAAGCUCUAUAACGAAACGCUGCUUUGUGGCGAUAUUUCAUGUGUACGAUAAAAAUGAUUCAUUUUACUUUACCAGAACUUACAUGUCAUUCCUCUCACUCAUUCAACUGUUUACGCUGCACUGUGUGGUUUUUCUGUAUUAGCCACAUUAGUCACGAGCAUUAUUUCACCGUAUUAGUACAAUAAAUCUGAAAGUUAAAAAGAUUCAUUUAUACACUAUAUACACACCAUGUGCCAAAAGGUUUGGGACACCCCUCCAAAACAUUGAAUUCAGGGGUUGGGCUUGGCUCCUUAGUUCCAGUGAAAGGAACUCUUAGUGACCAGUGCACAAAGCAAGGGCCAUAAAGACAUGGCUGAGUGAGUUUGGUGUGGAGGAACUGCCUUCAACCUGAUAGAACACUCUGGGAUGAAUUAGACCAGAGACUGCGAGUCAGGUCAAAACUGGGACAUCUGCCUUUACAUGCACAUGAAUGUAAUAUGGAGUUGUUCCGGCCUUUGCAGCUAUAACAGCUUCAACUCUUCUGGGAAGGCUUUCACAAGGUUUAGGAGUGUGUUUAUGGGAAUUUUUGACCGUUCCUCUAUCAGGUUGAGGUCAGGACUCUGUGAAGUUCCUCCACACCAAACUCACUCAUUCAUGUCUUUAUGGACCUUGCUUUGGUCACUGGUGUGCAGUCAUGUUGGAACAGGAAGGGGUCAUCCCCAAAUUGUUCCCACAAAGCAUGAAAUUGUCCAAAAUGUCUUUGUAUGAAGCUGAAGCAUUAAGAGUUCCUUUCACUGGAACUAAGGGGCCGAGCCCAACCCCUGAAAAACAACACCUGAACUCAAUGAUUUGGAGGGGUGUCCCAAUACUUUUGGCAAUAUAGUGUAUGUACAGUUUCUUCUUUACGCACACAAACACACAGUCGAUACGCUAAACUGGUGGUGCUUAUUUAUUAUUUUUUUAUCACAAAAACAGAUAAAUGAUGAACAGCAAGCUCGUCUUUGCUGAUUGGUCAAAUUUACAGGAAAAAUUGUUUCUAUGAUGUUUCUGUUUAGCUACGUUUUUAUUUACACCUUGUAGUCUGGAAAAUGCGGUAUCUCCCCAACACAUAAAACAAAGAACUACUUUGUUUAGUUUAAAGAUGAAGUGUGUGUGUGUGUGUGUGUGUGUGUGUGUGUGUGUGUGUGUUUUGUAUAACUAGUUGUAUUGAUUGUUGCUGUUUGCUGCCUGUGUAGCUCUGAAGAGCCUUCUAUUAUGUUUCAUAGGAACAUCAGGCCUCGUUUAUCAGAUGAACACAUUUAUUCAUAAAUCCUUUGCAUGAGUGUUUACACAUGAAACCUGGUGUUCACGAAAAUCCACCUGGUUUGGAUAAUCAGUCCUUCCCGGAUGACACGAUUUUGCGAUCGCAGAAAUCCAAACUCCAAAAAUUUCAGGUGGAUACACAAUAUUCGGAGGAUCUUGUGAAGAUUUUUCAAAAUGACGCAGAUUGUUUUUCGAGACGUGUUGCGUGACAUCACAACACGCGUUUCGUUCACGUGUGUACAGCUAGUCAUUGUGAUUUCACCAAUUUUGGGGAAAGGGUCUAAAUAAAUAAACAAACAAACACACAAAAAAAAUUAAGCAUUUUACGUAACUGUCACAAAAAUAAGUCGCUCAAGUGACCCUUCGCUUGAUCAGCUUCAGAUCGUGUGGUUGUUGUUGUUGAGUUGCCAUGGUUACUGCUUUCGAGUUUAUUUCAGCGCCACACCAAACAAGUUUUUGUUUGUUUUAUUUUGUAUUAAUGAGUAAAGAAACUAAUCCAUAAAUGAAGACAUCUGUUCAUGGAGGACAAAAGUAAUGGCACCCUCAUAAUGGAGGAAGCUGUAGCUGUUCAGGAGGCAUUUACAGCUUGCUCUAUGCUUUGCCUUUUUUGUGGGCGGGGCUUAAGAUUGGCACCAUAUGAUUCUGAUAAACAGUGAAAGGCUGUAAUGGUGACUUUUUUGUGUGUGUGUUGGUUUGGCUUGGCUAAUGUUUCUCACACACACAUAUAAACCAAAUGUAUAUCAUUUAUAAUCUGCAUAAAGUUUAGUUUUGUGUGUGAGAGAGAGAGAGAGAGAUCUUGUUGCCUUACGUACCCAGUUUUCUAUUUUAUUUCAUUCUUUUUUUCCCUUUUUUUGAGUGGACUGUCCAUCCUCAUCGUGUGAUGUCCAUUUCACAUGGAUUUUUACAUUCAAAUCAAAUGAUUUUUGCAUCGUUUCACCCUGCAGCAGACACCAUUGUGUUAUUUGUGGCCAAAGUCGUAAAACCCUAUCACGAUACUUGAAGACAUUUUACACGAUACAUGACACAUAACAUGUCACGAUAUUUACAUUUGCUAACAAACUACCAGCAUUUUCAAACAAGCUCUUUAAAGACCAUAGUUUCUCACGAGAAAGACGUUUUCACGACAUUUCGCUCGUUCCUGCUGUGAAGUGUGAUAUGAUAUUAGUCCCGAAUCUUCCCUGAACUCUUAUUAAAAACUCAUCUCUGAGUAUAUUUUCCUCACAGGAUCCCUUUCACUCCACUAUACUUACGCACAUAUUUUAGGGUUUAGUUUGAAAAAUCAUGUAUGUUUUUAUAUGCUUCUUCGCCAUAUUCCUUUAAAUCCUCAUUAAUAUGCCUUUAAUAGUUUCCCGCAUGCUCAGAUCAUAUACGUUAUAAUCUGUGCUGAAGUAGAGAACUGCUUUGUGCACUAGACCAUAAGCGCUAAUUUCACUGGAUGUCCCAGUGACCGUGUCCUGCUCAGAGAAGUCCUGACCCUAUGAGCUGCUUGUAAGCUAGAUGAAGAAGAAGAAGAAGAAAUAAUCUCCGACUGUUAGAACCGUGCGUGAAUCCUGCUGCGUGUUGGAGCUGGAGACGAGCAUGUUUUACUUCCUGUUUGAUCACUGAUUGUUUUCUUCAAGAGGAAAGGGAAGUUUGUGUGCUGUGAUUUUUGUUUGUUGUUGGUUUUUUCAAUAUGAGAAUGCUGUUCCUGCCUGUAUAUUGUGUGUACAAGAGAUAAUAAAUAAAAGGAUAAUGUUGGAAAUAUA